AUGCAACAAAAACGUAUGGAUCAAAGAGUUGCAACAGCUGGAAAAAGAAGAUGUGGCGAUGCGAUCAAUGUUAGCACAGCAAGACGCAGUUUUAGCUGCACUGGACAAGACCAAAGACCUCGUCAUCAUUACCGACCUCAAACACAACAUUCAAGCGCACAAUCAGCCCGAAGACAAAGUUUGGCAAAACUACAUAACUUGCCACUUGAAGCGCCUAUCACGAAAGUAAUAUCAUUGAUAUGUACCGCUCAAGAAAACUCAAACGACCAAGUCGUACAAAUUUUGGAUAAGGUUGUUGAUAUAUUGCGUGUCACUGAACUAUACUCGUCACAUUUAAAAACCGAAAAUAUCAAAUACGAUGAUCCCGUUACGUCAGAUUUAAUCGGAGCUCUUAUUACGCAAGGGCCUGUGCACGUGACAUCCACUCGAAGAAGCUCUAAUGAUUCAGCGACUGUUAAGAGUCAGCCUUACGGUUUGGGUAUUGCUAAAAUGAAUUUUAUGACAAGUGUCACUCCUCAAAUCAAAGAACUCUUAGACAUGUCUCUGUAUUGGGAUUUCAACGUGUUUAAGCUCGAAGAACUUACUAUGAAAAGGCCUUUGGUACAUCUGGGAAUGAAUCUACUGACACACUUUGAAGUACACAAAACAUUAGGUUGUGAUGAACGAACAUUGCACGCCUGGUUAACUGUGAUCGAGGGCCAUUAUCACGCUAAAAAUACUUACCACAACUCUACACACGCCGCCGACGUUCUUCAAGCGACCGCCAUGUUCUUGGAAAAAGAUCGCAUAAAGAGGCUUUUGGAUCAAUUGGACGAGGCAUGCUGUCUGAUCGCCGCAAUCACACACGAUAUUGAUCAUCCUGGAAAAUCUAGCGCGUUCUUAUGUAAUUCCCAAAACGAUUUGGCUAUCCUGUACAACGACAUAAGCGUUUUGGAAUCGCACCACGCCGCUUUAACGUUUAAGCUCACUACCAAGGACGAACGGUUGAACAUUUUUAAAGGUCUGGAAAAGGACACUUAUAAAGUGGUGAGGCAGAACAUUAUCGACAUGAUAUUGGCCACCGAGAUGACGAAACAUUUCGAACAUUUAGCUAAAUUCGUGAGCGUCUGUAACAAACCAUCGACACUCGACGAAGCGCCCGUCGAUGGAUUAACUCCUAGCGAAGUAAGUCCUGAGGCUAUAAUGCCUACUAGUGCCGAGGAAAUAAAUCUGGUGAAGAGAAUGUUAAUCAAAUGCGCAGACGUGUCCAAUCCGACUAGACCACUAAAGAUGUGCGUGGAAUGGGCCAAACGAAUAGCCGAGGAAUACUUUAAUCAAACUGACGAAGAGAAACUCAAUCAUUUGCCAGUGGUGAUGCCAAUGUUUGACCGAGUGUCUUGUUCCAUACCAAAAUCGCAAAUCGGCUUCAUGGACUACAUAAUAAACGAUAUGUUUGAGACGUGGGACUCUUUCAUAGACAUGCCAGAGAUGUUGUACUACAUGAGGAGCAACUAUCAAUACUGGAAGGAUCUGGAAGAAAAAGGAACGAUCAGCAUUAACGAUAUUUGCAAAAUGAUGACUACCACCUUGCCAAAGAUACCAGAGUCCAGUGGCAACCACUAA